AUGGUGACGACGCGCGCGACCGUCGCGCGCGCGCCGAACGGGCGACGGUGCGACGCGACGCGCGAAAAGCGGCGCGCGCACGUGGCGGUUCGAGCGAGACGAGGGAAAGGUUUCUUGGACGUCCUGCGCGGCGACGCGGACGAGGACGGGGCGAAGGGCGAGGGCGGGGCGAGCGCGAAGACGCGGGCGACGUCGUCGAGCGAGCGGUGCCCGUGCGGUGGGGGGUCGGAGGCGUUGACGUACGGGAGUUGUUGUAAGCGGUUUCACGACGGCGACGCGUACCCGGAGGAUCCGGUGACGCUGAUGCGAUCGCGAUUCAGCGCGUACGCGAAGGGUAAGGGGCUGUACGUUUUGGAAACGACGCAUCCGGAUAAUCCGCUGCUCAAGGAAGGGUCGAAGACGAAGGAAGGGAAGGUCGUGUCCACGCUCGCCGCGGACGUCGAGGCGACGUGUAAAAAGGUUCGGUUCUACGAUUUAGACAUCGUCCGAGACGUCGCUGGGAAGAAGAAGGGAGACGAACGCGAGCAUUUGGUCGGGUUCAAGUAUAAAUGUCGCGUCGUCGCGCAGAAGGGAUUUAACGAACUCCCCGAGGAGACGCACGCCGAGUUGUCGACGUUUCGCACCGUCGACGGCGUUUGGAAAUUCGUCGACGGCAUCCAGGGCUCGACGUGA